AUGUUGACUGCACUUAUUGAAAUGGAUGGAAUGCUUAAAAAGUUGCUUAAGCUUCUUGUUUCUAAUGGAAAGAAAGAGAAUAUAACAUAUUUAAUGGCCACAAAACAUUGGAAUAUUUAUGGCCAUUUAGUGAAGUAUUACCUUGAAAAUGCUCUCCAUGU